AUGAAUGCAAGUUGGCUUUCCAAUGCUGACAGGAAUUCUUUGCAGCAAGACGGGAACAGAUGUUUAUUGGGUGCCCCUCAGUGUCGUUCAUGUGCUCAGUGUUUCUUGAUGAAUGAGCUGUCUUCUGUUGGUUUCAGUGUACUUAAGAAGUUGGAAUCGAUUGUUCAAAUUUCUCCAAAGCCGGCAUCUUCGCAUACCCUGGUGAGAACUAUCCUUAUCAUACAUGAGAUAGCAAAGUUUUUUGAAGAACCAGAGUUCAGUAUGCCAAAAGGUUCCAUGAAGUUAAGAAGCUUUUUUGUUCUCUGUGGGUGUUGA